AUGGUUGGGACCAUACAGCCCCAUGAGGAUGCCUUGGUGGUAACGUUGAGGAUUAGCGGGUAUGAUGUCAGAAGAGUGAUGGUUGAUCAGGGAAGCGCUGUGGAUGUGAUGUAUCCAGAUUUGUACAAAGGGCUAGGUUUGAAACUAGAGGACUUAACAACCUAUAAUUCCCCUCUAGUAAGUUUUGAGGGAAGGUUGGUCACUCCCAUGGGGCUAAUCAGGCUGCCCGUGCAGUCAAGUACCGAUGUGGUGGAGGUGGACUUUAUUGUCGUGGAUGUUUUUUCUCCAUACACGGCUAUUGUGGGCAGACCUUGGCUUCACACCCUUAAAGCGGUUUCGUCCACUCUACAUCAGAAGGUGAAGUACCCAUCCGGAGACCAAGUGCUGGAAAUAGUAGGGAGUCAGGCGGCUGCUCGGCAGUGCCUAGUAGCGGCUAUACAGCAUCGGCUAGAAGCAGAAACCUCGGUUACGGCCGACAAUGAGUUAUAG